AUGGCCAAUACCUCAACAAUGCCCGAGAGGACGCCGCCGAAGUGGCCUGUACAGAGCUCAGAAACCCUUCCAUCACCGGACGCGCGAGAGGCGGAUAUCCUCCCAAUUCAGGAUACCGCUAGUCAAUUGAACCUAGAUCCCUGUCCAUGGUCUUGGGCUCGACUCGUCAUUGACACGAGCAACAAACAAGGAUACUGGGCCGGGAAAAGCAAUGGCUCAAGUAGGCAUCUGUGCAACUUGGGUAAUCCUGUCUUAACAAGGUGCUCUCCCAAAUUCCUCCUUCUGCUUUGGGCAACAGACAUGACCGUAUCGCACGGCGGGGGCAUAGCGAUGGCGUUCAAGGCGACAACACAGACAAUCUCCCAAACAGAGGGACAGACGGACAGAAAGGGGCCGAGUGGCUUGUAUUGUUGGGUUCUUGUUCUUGGGCAAUGUCGGGCCAGCUCGGCUUUGAUUUAUCUUCUUCCCCUUUUUUUCCUUUUGAUUCUUACACACAGCAAUGCUGCUGUGCUUGUGGUUGAGUUGUUUGGAGGGCCAUUCAUGGAUAGGUACCGAUUAGACCCAUGA